ACUGAAGAUAUUAAUCCUGAAGCCUCAAAGGAAGAGAAUGCAGGGUAUGUAGCCAAAGGUGAUUUGCUGCCCAGACACAAACCCCUAAAACCAGAGGCAUCGGUGCCAGACACGGGGAACAGGGAUGGGCCUCAGACCACUAAAAGACAAGGAAGAACUGGUACUGAGCAUCAGAUGAAAAACAGGCUGAAAAGCAUCAACUUCCUUGCCCUGCACAACAAACCAGAUUUGUCUUCUGGUAUGCAGGACGUUGACUCUGGAAGCAGUGGCCGAGAACUGCCUAGCUCUGAGCAUUACCAGCCCAGGGGCCAUGAGAAACACAGAAAUACAGCAAACCAACACACCAUGGGCAAUGCAGGAGAUCCAGGGCAUGCUCUCAGUCCUGGUCCAGAGCAUAACAUGUGGAAAUACAAUAAAAAUGCAGUUGGCCUCUCUGAUGAAAACAGGGAAAGGGAAGAAGAAGGAGUUAUGGAAGAGGAGGAUGAGGAAUGGGGUGAAGCAACUGAUUACAGAUAUAUGAAGUACAAAGGCCACCAGAAAAAUCAAGGUAACCAACACAAAAGACAGCAAAAUGAAACCAGCAUGAAAUCUGACAAAAUCCUGAGACAUUCCAGUCAACCAAUCCGGAUAACCAAGAGACAUCAUGAGAAAUUUGACCUAGAGGAAGAAGAGAGGAAGAACAGCCAAAAGAAGCUCCAUCAAGAAGAAAUCCUGCUCUCUCAAAAAGCCCACAGUGAAGGUCAGGGUGACACACAGCAAAGCCAAGAGACAAAAGACAAUAUUCAAAUAAAGUAUCAGAGUGAUCAGGACACAGCAGUGAAAACACAAGGCACAGAGGACAGUAAUGGUGAUGAUGAGCGUGACAGUGGCCAUGCUGAGGGCAAGGAAGAUCUCAACAACACCUGGAAAGAAGCAGCUUAUGAGGAAGAGGAGAGAAUCCAGAGUAACGAGCAGGAAAACACCAGUACUGAGCACAAAGGAGAAGGAACCACUGAAGAUGAUACUGCAGUUCACAGAGAGACCAAGGAUUAUCAAGAUGUCAAGACUAAAGACCUUAUUCACUCUGAACAAGGUGACUAUGAUCAUGAGCCACUUAAUUCUGACAGCAAGCAACAACUGGAAAUGAGUAGCUCUGCUCAGAGCAUUAAUUCAAUGGAAAGUGAAGAUAAGGUUCAGACUACAGGCACGUCCUACGGCGAGAUGGAAGGUGCAAGUGACAGGAGGGAGAGAGCUCUCCUGGAUCCAUGCAGGAACUUCCACUGCAAAAGAGGCAAAGUCUGCCAUGCAGACAAACAAGGGAAACCCAGCUGCAUUUGCCAAGAUCCUGCUGCUUGCCCUUCCACCAAAGACUAUGAGCGUGUUUGUGGUACAGACAAUAAGACUUACGAAGGCACAUGUCAGCUCUUUGGCACCAAAUGUCAGCUUGAAGGGAUGAAAAUGGGACGCCAGCUGCACUUAGACUACAUGGGCUCCUGCAAAUACAUUCCCCACUGCACUGACUAUGAAGUGCACCAGUUCCCCCUCCGGAUGAGAGACUGGCUCAAAAACAUCCUCAUGCAGUACUAUGAACGGGAUCUGGACAACUCUGGAUUGCUGACUGAAAAGCAAAGGAGUAAGGUCAAGAAAAUCUACCAGAAUGACAAGCGCCUUGUGGCUGGCAGCCAUGCAGCUGAGCUGCUCCUGCACGACUUUGAGAAAAAUUAUGACAUGUAUGUAUACCCUGUGCACUGGCAAUUCCACCAGCUUGAUCAGCACCCUGUUGACAGGUCCCUGACGCACUCGGAGCUGGCUCCCCUGAGGGCCUCCCUGGUGCCCAUGGAGCACUGCAUCACCCGCUUCUUCCAGGACUGCGACGGGGACCGGGACAAACUCCUUGCUUUGAAGGAAUGGUGCCACUGCUUUGGGAUUAAGGAAGAAGACAUAAGUGAAAAUCUCCUGUUCUGA